UCUCCAGACAUGGAGCCCACCUUCGGGGGCGGGCUGCUGGACAUCGUGAAGGGCGGAGCUGGCCGUCUCUUCAGCAAUCUGAAGGACAACCUGAAGGACACCUCCUCCAAGGUCAUCCACUCCGUGGCCAGUUAUGCCAAAGGAGAGCUUGACAUUGCAUACAUCACUUCCAGGAUAAUAGUGAUGUCCUAUCCUGCUGACGGAGUGGAACUCAGCUUCAAGAAUCACAUUGAUGACGUCCGGGCCUUCUUAGACUCCCGACAUCUGGACCAUUACACCAUCUUCAAUCUGAGUCAGAAAUCCUACAGAAGUGCCAAGAUUCACAACCGAAUCUCUGAGUGUAGCUGGCCAGCAAGGCAAGCCCCCAGUCUACACAACCUGUACGCAGUGUGUAAGAACAUGCACCACUGGCUCCAGCAAAACCCCAGGAAUGUUUGUGCCAUUCACUGCAUGGAUGGCUGUGCUGCCUCUGCUAUAUUAGUCUCCGCGAUGUUCUGUUUCUGCCACCUCUUCUCCUGCCCAGUCCCUGCCCUCCAGCUCUUCAACGUCAAGAAGCCAGGACCUGUCCCGUGGCCUUCACACAGGAGGUACAUCGGUUACAUCUGUCAGAUGGUGUCGGAGAAGCCCACGCUACCGCACACGAAACCCAUCAUCAUUAAAACCAUCAUCGUCAGCCCCGUGCCGUGCUUCAACAAGCAACGCAACGGCUGCCGUCCUUUCCUCGAGGUCUUCGUAGGCGAGACCAAGAUCUUCACCACGGUCCAGGACUACGACCGGAUGAGAGAACAUCGGAUCCAGGAGGGGAAGGUGGUGAUCCCGCUGGGAGUCAGCGUGCACGGAGACGUGAUCUUGGCAGCGUUCCACAUGCGCUCAACGCUGGGUGGCAGGCUCCAAGCUAAGUUAACAAACACCCAGAUAUUCCAAAUCCAGUUCCACACCGGAUUCAUCUCUCCCGGGAUUUCCGUGCUGAAAUUCACAAAGCCAGAGCUGGACGCCUGUGAUUCUCCAGAGAAGUACCCAUCGCUGUUCCACGUGGUGCUGGAGGUGCAGGUGGAGGCCAAGGAAAAACGGAUCGAUUUGACCCCUCCCUGGGAACACUUCAACAGCAAAGAUCUCAGCGCCAACAUCCUCUUCUCCAGUCACCAGGAACAUCAGAACACACUGGCCAUGGGUAAAUCGUUGGCAGAGUCUGUUGAUGUGAACAUGCCAGCAGAUAACGCCAAGGGCAGUGGGCAAGGCACUUUUUUUACCUCUCUGGGCUGGCAAGAAUCGAGAGGAGAGAAGACUGCGGUGCCCGGGAAGGAUGACCAGGCAGCUCUGGUGAACCAGGACAGUGAAGCAUCUGAUGAUGAGUUGCUGUCUCUGUCCAGCCAGCACAGCGCUGCCAGCACUGAGCGACUGCAAAGCACGCCCAAAGGAGGCCGUCGGCAAGAGCCCCCGCUCCCCCCGGCCCAGGAGAGCGUGGACCUACUGGGGCUGAACGGGGGCCCCGGGGUCACCGAGGGGCCUGGGACCCCAGCCCAGGGCCGGCCACCGCAGACCAACUCGGACCUGCUCAGCGACCUGUUCGGCAGCACCUCCUCCCUCCCCUCAGCACAGGGCGGUGGUGGGGGUGGGGGGGCUCCAGGCUCGGCUCACUCCACCCCUCGCAAGUCAGCCGCCUCGGCCUCGCCCUCGCCAUCCCCCUCCCCCAGGAUCAACGAAGGCUCCGCAUUUGAUCCCUUUGACUCGCAGCCCAGGCCCGGUGGGCAGGAUUUACUGGGAGUGUUCCUGAACCGGAGCGGAGCAAGCUCGCCCGUCACACAGCCGGACCCCUUCCUGCCCCCACCAGCUCGCACCCCGUCCCCCACUCCCCCAACCUCCGGCUCUGAUCCCUUUAACAUGGGCAGAGUGUCUCCCGUUCUACCCGGCGUUCCCACCGUCUCCAUCCAGCAGGAUCUGAUGGGAGGCUGGGGGCCUGGGGGAUCCAGUGCCCACGCGGGGUCUGGCCCCUGGCCGAGCCGCAGCGCCCACACAGGCGGGAUUGGGGGUGGCAGUCGCUCAGCCAACACCAGCCCCACCAGCUCCGUGCACAGCACUCCCACCCACCAGCCCAAGCCACAGACACUGGACCCCUUCGCUGACCUGGGGGGACUGGGUGCCAAUUUAACAGGGGGCUCUACAUUUUCCAGCAAGCCCACCACCCCCACAGGCACGGCGAGUGGCUCCUUCCAACCCAUGGGGUCUCCGCAGAGGCAGUCUCCUCAGCCAAUGGGAGGCGGCUCCUGGCAGCAGGGGACGGGAUUCGGGUGGCAACAGGGGGCAUCGUCGUCGUGGCAACAGUCUCCAGCCAAGCCCCAGCCGGUACCCCAAUCCUCACCCCAGAACAGACCCAACUAUAACGUCAGCUUCAGCGGUGUGAUGGGGGCGCGGGAGGAGCGCGGACAGCGCCCACACCCUCCCGGAUUUGGAACUCGGCCCAAGAUGGCUGACAGUAACUUCGAUGACCUGCUGUCCAGCCAGGGCUUUGCCUCGCAGAAAGACCGCAGAGGCCCCAAGACCAUCUCGGAAAUGAGGAAAGAGGAGAUGGCGAAAGAUAUGGACCCUGAAAAACUAAAGCUGCUGGACUGGAUCGAGGGGAAGGAGAGGAAUAUCCGGGCUCUGCUCUCCACGCUGCACACUGUGCUGUGGGAGGGGGAGACCAAGUGGAAGGUGGUGGGAAUGGCAGAUCUCGUUACUCCGGAUCAGGUGAAGAAAGUCUACCGGAAAGCUGUGUUAGUGGUGCAUCCAGACAAAGCCACUGGUCAGCCAUACGAACAAUACGCCAAGAUGAUUUUCAUGGAACUGAAUGACGCCUGGUCAGAAUUUGAGAACCAGGGUCAGAAACCUCUGUAUUAACAUCCUGCUGCUAAUGUUCCCUAAUUGCAUUUCUGUGUUGCCGGUUAAUUCUCUGUAACGUGUGCUGAACGUAAGAUUUCUUUCCUUUUUUCCCUAUUUUUAUUUUAGCUUUGUCGGUGUACAGCGUUCCUGUUCGGUAACUCUCUCUCUCU